UCUGUAAACUGCAUCUAUCCAAUCACAGAGGCCUGUCUGUCUGCGCUGUAGUCUCGCAAGACACAGAGAAAUUAUGGCUGCCGUACCAAGCAGCAAACUUCUAGGCAAGUGUGUUGCAUCUCCAACCGGGAAACACUCCGCGUCGGUCAUCUUCUUACACGGCUCAGGAGACACUGGACGGGGAGUGCGAGCAUGGGUCAAAGAGGUUUCGGUACCAGACCUGGCUUUCCCCCACAUCAGAGUGGUAUAUCCCACAGCUCCAGCCAGGCCGUACACACCCAUGCGGGGGGCUCUGUCCAAUGUGUGGUUUGACCGCUACAAGAUCUCACACGACUGCCUGGAGCACUUGGAGUCUAUAGACGCCAUGGCCAACUCCUUGGGAGCGGUUAUACAGGAGGAGAUCAGGGCAGGAGUACCAAAACACAGGAUGAUCAUAGGGGGUUUCUCUAUGGGCGGAGCUAUGGCCCUCCACCUGGCGUGCCGUUAUCACCCUGACGUAGCAGGAGUCUUUGCUCUGUCCAGCUUUCUCAACAAAGACUCUGUAGUAUAUCAGGCUGUGGAGGAGCGGGCAAGGGCGGGGAGCCCCCUCCCAGAGCUAUUCCAGGGCCAUGGGACAGGAGAUGAGUUGGUGUUCCAUAAGUGGGGAGAAGAAACUACGGCCCUGCUGAAGAAGGCUGGGAUGACAACCACCUUCCACUCGUUCCCAGGCCUCCAGCACCAGCUCUCCCGGCCAGAGAUUGAGCUACUGCGCUCCUGGAUCCUCACCAAGCUGCGCCCGGACAGUCUAGACGCCAGUGGGCAGUGACCAGUCAGCCCCACACCACUAAACAGACACAUUAACAACACGCUAUUAGCAUGUUAAUAACACGUUCACACUAUUGAGCUGCUUUAAAAUGAGCCAAACCAAACAGUACUGCGCUGGCCUGGUAAAGCACUGCCCAUAGUUUCUGGAACAAAGCUGGAAAAGCGAGCCAGCACGGUCAGGUCGGUACUAUAGUGUGAAAAGGAUAUUAACAUGCUGAGUGGGCUGUGGACCACCGCCUCACAACCUCUGGACACAAUAUCGCUUUUUAAAAAAUGUGUCAAAUGUUGUUUUUUUUUUGCUUGGACACUCAGUUGUGCUUGCUUAGUGUCAACAGCUGUGUGGUUCCCUUCAAAAGAGAACAUGUGAUAGUUGAGUGUGUUUAUAACCACUCCCUCUGCACUUGUACAGUCUCCACUCUUCGUUUGUCUGACUCUGAUAGGAUAUGGGAGCAUGCUCUGCCUCCACCCCUAUCGUUUAACUAACACUAGAGUCAAUUUAGUACCGUUGCUGUAGAGAGAACGAAUUGUUUAGUCAAUCUUGCUCGCUCUGUUUUUUUUUUAUACACCAUUAUCGUUUUGCGCUGGGGAAUGUGUUGAACAUGUGUGGGGAUGGAGGGAGCGGAGGUCUGUUCUGUUUGCUCAGUAGUUCUGCUCUGUAGCACACAUCGCCUCAUUGAUAGUUAUUGGGAAGAAGCAGUUAGCUAUUCUUCCCUUCUUCCUACCUGCAGCCUCUCUCUCGGCGUUGUGCUUAAGGUAGUCUGGAUGUUGGGCUGCCUUCACUAGUGUAGGGCUGCAGGCCAGGGUCAGAACACAGGAAGAUCAUGAAUGAGCAGUAGUAACACUUAGGUGCCAAACAUAAUGAGUUAUGGAAAUGAUUCACGUUUCUUGUGUAGUCCUGGCUAUAAAUUAAACAUCUGUCAACAUCAGCAGUCACCCUUUGGAAAAUACUUUGAAUUAUGAUUUUUGAAAUUGUAUCCACAAACCUUUAAAAUUAACAUUAUUUUAAUAAGUUUAUUAUAUAUUUGUGGUUUACAUGAUAUAGGCUAUAACAAAUCAGCAACUUAGACAUGAAUAAGGUGGGGGCCUCCUGGGUGGCGCAGUGAUCCAAGGCACUGCUUCACAGUGCUAGCUGUGCCACCAGAGACUGGGUUCUAGCCCAGGCUCUGUCGCAGCUGGCCGUGACCGGGAGGUCCAUGAGGCGACGCACAAUUGGCCCAGUGUCGUCCGGGUUAGGGAGGGCUUGGCCAGAAGGGAUAUCCUUGUCUCAUCGCGCACUAGCGACUCCUGUGGUGGGCCGAAGCAGGUCGCCAGGUGUGCUGUGUUUCCUCCGACACAUUGGUGCGGCUGGCUUCCGGGUUGGAUGUGCGUUGUGUCGAGAAGCAGAGGCUUUCGACCUUCGCCUCUCCCGAGUCCGUACGGGAGUUGCAGCGAUGACACAAGACUGCAACUACUAUCAAAUAAAAGACAUAAGGUAUGAAAAAGGAUAGCUGCUCAGAACCAGCUAGAGAAUGUAACAUGGUCCCCCUACACACAAGAACACCAAACCCAAAUGUAUCUCACUGCAAAGGAAAAUGGAUGUUUAUUACGUCACAGCCGUGCAUGCUUUCAUUCCAACAUAUAAACUGUAUGUCCAAAAUGCUUUGGCAUCUAGCUGUUUUUACAGUAGCAGUAAGGCUAUUCAAAUUCAAUUAGAAGUUGGCCUCAACACCAUCCACCAUUUAGGAAGCGUUCACCUCCAGUAUCUGUUUCAUCAAUGUGUGUUGAACUCAACACUGAUUAAAGUCUCUGUGCUCCCACUA